AUGGCUUGUCAAGGAGAAAAUUUGCGUAAAGGGCCUUGGCUUAAGGAUGAGGAUGAACGAUUAACAGCUUUUGUAACCCUUUUAGGGGAACGAAAGUGGGACUCCAUGGCAAGAACAUCAGGUCUAAUGAGGAGUGGUAAGAGUUGCAGGCUGAGGUGGCUGAACUACCUUCGACCCAAUAUUAAGCGCGGUCAUAUAAGUGCUGAAGAAGAGCAAAUUAUCAUACAACUUCAUCAGCAAUGGGGUAACAGAUGGGCAAGUAUUGCUCGAAGGUUGCCCGGAAGAACUGAUAAUGAGAUCAAGAACUACUGGAGAACUCAUUUGAGAAAGAAAACUCAAGCCCAAGAAGAAGGAAAUUUUCAGUCCAAAGUACUCAAUUCCAAACAAGAUUUUUCGUAUCAAAAUGGCGACAGUACUAGUCCCUGGAAAUAUAACAUUGAAGACUACAACUCUGUUGAGUAUAAUACAGGAACCACAGACUCUUCCUUGGAGCAUUAUGACUUAUCAAGCCUGACAUACUCGAAUUCUCCAUAUGAGACCAGACUAUAUGAUUGGAUUCCAAAGUUAUCCACUAAUCAGAGCGAAACAGAAAUUCACGGGGAUGGUAAUGUUUUAGACUGGUCUUUCUAUUAUCCGGCUUGGAACUCUGAAGAUAGUGACACCAGCACAUUGGACUCUUUGGGUUCUCUCUGGGAUAUGAACUAA